AUGGAUAUGGACUUAGAACAUGGGCCUAAGUGGAGUGGCACGUACUCCGCAAGUAUGAGCGCUAUUCAUUUGUACCACACGGAGUCCGAAGGUAUGAACAGCGGCACGGCACCGAGGGUUUCUGGAGCAGCGCCACCAAACCUUCCCGCUUGCGGCACGCCCGUUGAAGCAGAACCGGUGAGCGCCAACCUCGAUGGCUGGUUUUCCGCGUUUGCUCAAGCAGUAACGGAACUGCCCUGGGAAGCACGGAAACGGAAAUGGGAGACCCAGAGUUGGAGGCGCAUCUGCUGGAUUACCACCCCCUGCAACUAA